AUGGAGGAGACGGGGGAAAUUGAGGUUUGUGUUAAGUCAAAAACAAGUGAAAGCUCGAGCAACAGAAGUGUGGGUGAGGAGGAAACAGAGAAGAGGCCGGCCUCCAACGGGGUCAGGCAUUACGUGAGAUCUAAGGAGCCAAGGCUAAGGUGGACUCCUGAUCUUCAUCGUUGCUUUGUUCAAGCUGUAGAGCGACUCGGUGGCCAUGAGAGAGCAACACCCAAGUUGGUUCUGCAGCUGAUGAAUGUCAAGGGCCUUGCCAUUGCCCACGUGAAGAGCCACUUGCAGAUGUAUCGAAACAAGAUUGAUAAGCACGGUCAAGUGAUAAAUGGUGGAGGGUGUCUAUGCCACAACCCUUGGCAACCCUAUUUAAUGCUCGGUCCAAGGUAUAGAUCUUAUCAUUACAGGGAUAAUUACAUGAAAGCCAGAACAGGAGAAGGCUUUCUUGGUUUAGCAGACAAGAGUUUCGACAAGAGAACCACAAUGAAGAGGAAAGCCCAGAUGGAGAAUGACCUAAUUGACCUUGACCUUGACCUUGAUCUCUCUCUAGCAUGA